AUGGAUGGAUGGAAAUCAGUCCUAAACUACCAAGCAAGGCUGAAAAAACAUCCUAAUGAAUUGGCAAUCCAGCUUACCAAUCAAACUUAUAAGAAGCGACUCAAGAGAAAGGAUAUACUUACUGGAGCAUUCAGAAGAAUGAGUGGUCAUAGAUUAGCUAAUUAUGAGCAGCUGUCCUCGCUGGAAGACACACUAUCUGACACUUCACUUAUAACAAAACUGCUCAUAUUCACCCCCGUCGCCGCCGCAGCAGUCGUCUCCCUCGCAGCAGCAGGCCAAGUCUACCAGCAAGACUUCCAAGCUAUAGACUUCCAAUCCCAGCAAGCAUUGCCUAGUCACGCCCAGGCAGCUUUCAAUGGUGCCCAGGAUUUGGCUGGUCAUAGUCAAGCUGCUUUCAGUGACGCCCAGGCUUUGGCUGGUCACAGUCAGCUAGCCUACGACGAGGCCCAGGCUUUGGGUAGUCAAGCGCAAGUGGCCUUCGAUGGAGCGCAGCUGGCUUACCAAGGCCAUCAAGCCGUUCAAACUCUGCAACAGCAAGGUCUUCAAGAGCAUCAGCUGCAGAACCUGCAAGGUCACCAGCAGCAAUCUACUCAGAGAACAGCCAGGAUCCUGAGAUACGAAAACGAGAACAACGGCCAUAACUACCAGUACGCUUAUGAGACUGACAACGGUAUCAAAGCUCAAGAAUCUGGCUCGACUGUAGGCAAAGGAACCCAAGCACAGGGAGGCUACUCCUAUGUCGGCAACGAUGGUCAGACCUACACUAUCACCUAUACUGCCGAUGAGAACGGCUUUCAAGCUCAGGGUGCCCAUAUCCCCACCCCUCCUCCCUUACCUGAAGCCAUCGCUAAAGCCAUUGAACAAAAUGCUCGCGAUGAGGCUAAUGGUGUUGUGUAUGACGAUGGACAAUAUCAUGCUCAAAAGCAACAACAACAGACUCAGCAGCAAGACUUCCAACAUCAACAACAAGGCUUCCAACAUCAGCAGGAUGCUUACCAACAGCAACAGCUUCAACAAGCUUACCAGCAACAACAAGCUUAUCAACAGCACCAACCACAGCAAGCUUACCAACAACAACAACAGCAGCAAGCUUACCAACAGCAACAGCAGAGUUACCAACCUCAGCAGCUUCAGCAACAGGAUUAUCAGCAGUGGCAACCUUCCCAGGAUUACGUGGGACCUGCCCCAGUCACUGAGCAUACUAAAUACUAA